GCUUUUCCCACUUCCUUUGAAGUGACACGGCCGUCCAGGCUCGGAUAACAAACCCUUGUACUGUGCUUUCCACGAAGCGUGUCAACGAUCCGCGGACUUGCUUCAGUUCUGCAUGCCAUAAACCUCUUGUUAGUGAUUAUUUGAUAUUUUUUCAUUAUGGGGUUGAGGUAGGUUUGCUAAAACUUGGCUCGAUUUUGUUAAAUUUUCGGUGCACGGUUGCGCGUCGCUUUUACCCCGGUUUUCACGAACGGAUUGACUCAUUUGUAUUUUCUCUUGUUUCUCUUCAACAGGGCGGCCUCUCUCUUCGCCCUGAUUUUCCUUGUUUGCAGAAUAGCGAAUUCACAGGUGAGGUUUAUGAUCGAAAAGUCUUAAUUUAGUUUUUUGGCGACAACGAUUGCUGAAUUGCCUUUGUUGUAGCGAAAUCUAUGGGGAAAAACUAAGCGAGCGCCUCACGCCAACCUUCCACUCACUCGCGAGUUAACGCGCGUGGUAACAUUCUGUCCGUGAAUACUUCAACCACAUGUCUUUCUCUUUCACUUUAUCGUCCAACAAGGUUAAGAUCCUUCAAGUGUGCAAUAAAAUGAUGUUUAUACAUCGGGAAAGGCAUUUUCUUCUGAAUAUUUUUAAACACCUCGUAGUAAUGUAGUAAUGGUUUCGUUGAAUCAACAAGCUUUGGGUUUAAAAUAAAUUUGCUCUCCACUUUUUUUUUUGUUAUAUUGGUGGAUGCCCUGAAGUUAGGUCUAAGAUUUUAUUACUUCGCGCUUGACACAAUUUACUAAGAAUUGUUCAAUUGACCGGCAUGCAAUCAAAUGCCCUAAGGGCAUUAAUAAUAAUCAUUCAAUUUUCAGUAGGUUCGCCGGGUUUCAUCGACUAAAUGUCAAAAGGACGAACAAAAUUAUGCUUUCAAAUGUUUGUAUUUCUGUAAAUGCUUGGAAAAAUCAAAACAAGUAGUGUAUGUGAUUAACUGGCAUGGAUUUCUGAAAGGUCCUCAAUUCCAGUCCUGUGAAAGAUUUUUCACAGUGUAUGAACCAAACUGCCAUCAAGUUGUCAUGUAAAAAAAAAAUGGAACAAAAAAUGCCUCUGAAAUUGAGUAUUACUUUUUUUUAAUUUUUAUCGAGAUUAAAAUUUUUGUAGGGUGGGAGACACUUAUGAUAAUAUGGCAAGAAAUAAACCAAACUGUAAAAUACACAAAACAAACCAUUCAAGUGAAGGUAAUGAAUUUUCCAAACGUAAAAAUGCAUGAAUAUUUCUGUGUUCUCAACACUUAUACUCAAAUGUUGAUCAAAUUUCUACAGAAAACCUCAUGUGAACCUUUUGAGAGUAUUCGACAUUUGUCUACAAAUUCAAAGUAAUUUGUUUAAAUAUCUUGUUUUCAAAGUCUUUGAAUUUUUGGAGCUUAUUUAUAUUAAAACAUCUCUUCUGAACUUGGAAGAAGUUUUAUAAUCUGACUUUUAUGCUCUGUCUCGCAUGGAUGCAAUUCCCAGCGCUCAGAAAUUUGCUCUUACCUAGGGUGGAAAUUGACCUAUAAACCAUAUGGGAAUGUUUGAUGUUUGUUUAAAACUAUAUUGAGAAAUUCUGAAAGUUAUUUUUAAUUUUUAGGGGAUGAAUUUUCCUGGCUCGUACACACUAGAAAAUAAGCUUUUUUCAGAGUCAGGAAUGUGCAUCUAGUUACUUGGUGAUAUGCCCAAGUGUGGAUAUUUCAUGAAAACUGUCAGUGUAUUCGGGAACACUCUUGAUUUCUUAGCUAACAGUCACAUUGCAAUCCUUUUUUAAAUUUGUUUUUUGCUUUUUUCUUUAGCAAGGUUAUAGCAAGAAGGUGUAUUACUCCUUUUUAGAAAUAGGCACAGAUCUUCAGAAUGUGGGUACAUAAAUUAAUUACGUUAUUUUUGGUUGCAUUCAGGAUCAAAAUGACGAGGAAUGCAAUUGUAAAGUGGGACCCAAAGGUUCAAGGGUAGGUAACUCAUCUUAUUAUGGAAAAUAGCUUUGAUUCAUGAUAACUUUUGUUUUUUUUAAAACAAAAUUGAAGUCUGUUAACAGAAUAAGGAAGGUGGUAAGUUUUUAGCCCAGUAAAGAAAUAGAGAAAGAUGUUUUUUCGUCUUGUCAAAAGUGUGGGACAAAGAAAAAAUUCUUCCUUGUGAGGAAUCAAACCUCAGACCUUUGGAUUCCUUGCAUUAUACUAUGGAAUCUAAUGGUCUGAGGUUCAAUUCCUCACGGGUACUCAGAAUUUGUUCUGCACUCAUGAAAAGAGGAAAAAACAUCUUUCCCCAAAAUUGAUGUCAGUAUGAAAAAUUAUUUUUCAAGUGUCAUAAUAUGCCAUUUAUAAUGUAAGUGUAGAAACUUACUUUGUUUACAGCAUGUGUGGUGGGCCAAGGAAAAGUGAAAUCAGAAAAUUGAUUCAAAUGAACUUUCCUUCCUCCUUGUCCCUUGAAUACCAGCUUUAAGGAUCAUAUCCCCAAAAUAUCCUUUUGUUGUGUCAAGGAUAAAUUGGAUUCUUAGCCUUACCAAAAUCUUUAUAGGUAACCCUCAACUGCUCCUAGUAUGCAUUGACUCAAAGGAAAUUUCUCCCAACAUUAUUGAUAUAUUUCCUGCUAGGUAGCAAUGAGAAGAAAGAACAAAAUCAGUCUGGGGUUAUUGAUUGAUUUAGCACUGAAUAUUUACUGCUAAGGUUGAAAUGAGGAAAUCAGUUUUGGAGAUUAAUAUAUAUAUAUAUAUAUUGAUACCUUGAUUGUAGUGGAAGGGUUAUGCCAAACUGCAUUUUUUCUUGUUUGAGGGAAGGUUUCAAAUGUGUGUAAAAAUGUUUCAUGCAGAAAUUCCCUUGAUUUCUUUGAGAGCUAUAAAUUGUAAUUUUUACCCUUGCAGGGAAGACCAGGCAAAACUGGUGUCAAUGGCCCACCAGGAGAGGAGGUGUGUAAUAAUAUCUUAGCUUCUCUUCAUGAGAAAGAGUUGUAAAUGAAUAUUAUUCAUCAAAUUUAGAACCUCUCAGAAUUAGCAAGUGAUGUUUCCUAGGUUUAGCAACAAGUAAACAACAUUGACACAGACACAAGUAUAAAUCAGGUGUUGAAAUAUAACUGAUGAUGAGAUAAAAUAAAGUUAUAAUGGUAUUAUUAUAAAGGAAAUAUUAAAAUAAUCCAAUCAAAAAGGAAUUACAUGAAAAUUUUCAAAUAAUGACAUGUCCUGGGUCGAAGUUAGGAAGUAACACUGCCAUCUGAAAUUUGUAAGUGAGGCAGCUUAAGGGUGGAGUCCAAAAGAAGGCCCUUUCUCCCUUCUACUGUCAUGUUUUACACAGUUAUCGCCAGCCAAAAAUUUAGCCAGCAAUCACCACUUUUUCACCCAGUGAGUUGCCAAUACUAAGCAACAGCUCUGCAUGUAUUGAAUAAUGUGUUUUGCAUUGGAUAAUGAUAACAGAAACACAUGUUGGUUUAAGACAGUAUACAGAAUUGAACAGCAUUGGACAUUGUUAAACAUUUGAUCAGUCUUACAGAUGCUUUCACUCAUUUAAGGGUUUAAAACUUAUGGUGGCUUAAUUAAUUCUCAUUCAGAAUGAUAUCUGAAACAAAUGUGUUGUAACUCUUCUGAAAUCUUUCAAAGCUUUUUGCUCAUUUAUUAAUGUCCAAUUCAGACAGCUAAUGGUGACCCUUUGUGCAGGUAAUGAACAAACUGAGAUUCUUUAGGAAACAUUGGGAAAAUUUUUCCUCUUGAAUGUUUGCCUAUUACCUUGAGACAGAUAUAAGGUCACUUGACUGUAUUUAGUCAGUGUAAAUUAGGGUCAAUUUUGAGAUUUGAUUAUAAUCAUUGAAUUUGAAUGAAAAAGAAUCAGAAGCAAAUGAAAAUUAUUGAAUGGAAGCACCAUCUAUAAUAUCGUGCAUGUAGGAAGUUGGACAUUUUUCAGCAAUUAAAUACUUGAACUUUCACCUUAGGUGUGCGUGCUUCCCUUAAGUCCUUCAUCUCAGACCACUUAAAACUUAUUGCAAAUAUAGUAACACUGGUUGCAAGGUCCAGUUUCAAGUUAGAAAUAUUUUCUGUCAAAUAUAUAUAUAUGGCAAACUGAUAAAUUUGUAUGACAAUAACACUUGAAAGUUUUUUUUCUUUGUUAAUUCGUGAUUGCAGUAAAGUUCUUGAGUGUCAAACUUAGAAAACCACACAUCGAGGAACUCUGAAAUGUUAUAGAGAUGACGUGAAUUAUGGUGCUAAUCAGCUGUGGGAUAGUUUGUUAUUUUUUUGUCUGCCCUGAUCUCUGUUGUGACUGGUAAUUUUAAAAUUUGCACUGUUUACCCUUCCUAAAGUGCCCCAGGCAUUCACAGUCAUACAGUUCACAUUUUAUAUUGAUUAAGGCAUGCGGCAGGAAAUUAAAUUGAGGAGAGAGAAAAAUGUAUGGACUAAUAAUAGAUAAUUAAAAUGACCUAAUGUAAUUAUAUGUAUGUAUGUUGUGUAUGUGUGUGUAUGUAUACUUCAUUUAUCACCACCCCAAUGGGGGCUUUUUAGGGCCAGUAUGUAUGAGUGACUUUAUAAAUGAAUGACUAGGUGAAUGAACAAAUAAACAUAGUGUUCAAAAAUCCCAACUGUCAGGAGACAGACCAUGCUAUAGACAUAGCGCAGUCAAGGAGUUGAUCAUGCAGCAACCAAGAAUAAAUCCAUUUAAUAGAAGGAUGAAGGGCUUGAACCCAGACCACUAGUCUGAUUAAAAAGCCAACACCCUAACCACUUGGCCCCGCAGCCGCCUUUAGGAAUGUUACCUGGUUAUAGUGAUACGUGAUGAUACCAUGAAUUCCACCCUUUUUUGUUGUUUUCUUCUUAGGGAUUUCCUAUCCUUUACUUUGAAUUAAUCUUAAAAAUUUCCUCUUUACAUUACUACUGCUGAUAAAAUUUCAGUCACUUUACCAUUUGUUCGUUAUUAUAAUGAUUAUGAAUGGUUUUUCAUAUGAAAACAAAAACAAGAGAUGAACUGACUGGACCCCUUAAUUUAAGGUUGUUAUGUUUCUAAGAUUUCAUGUUUGUCUUUGUCCUUUAGGGUCCUGCUGGAAAAGAUGGAUUACAAGGCCCCAAAGGCUACAAGGUGAUGUUUCCAGAUUUGUUUCAUUUUGGUAAAAAAUCCAAUGUGAGCUGCUCACAUGAGUUCUAGGGGUGGACCUAGAAAUUACCAGCCUGAGGCAAUGGAGAAAUUGGGGGUGAAAUUGCAGGCUUCUGUUUCCCAUGUAACCCAUUCAUGGUUUUGCAGCAAGGCACAAUACAGGAUAAUUUUUGCGUUUUGGUGUUCCUUGUUAUUUCAUUUGAGAGAACAACCUGUUACCAUAGGCAUUUAGUGUGCAUAUUCAGGUAAUCUGACUUUGAAUGGCAGAUAGCUUUUUAUUAAAAAAAAAUUGUUUGAUAGUGAAUUUGAAUUAAGGGAAGUUCUGAGAUUGAUAUGAUAUUAACCUCUGAUUGAACAAUGCUAUGUGAAAGACAAAAAGGUUUACUUAUAAAAACUGAGAAAGGGGAGCAUGGCCUAUUUGUUGCUCCCCUUUUUCUUGAUGAGCCCCUUCUCUUUAUCAGGUAUGACACACCUACAAUAAUUGGCAAGCAUUUUGGAACAUUUGAUAAAAACACUGGGUGUGGUACUCAGUUGUCAUGUUCUUUCUUCACAGAGAAAUCCUUUGGCCUCUUCUCUUUGUGAUUAGACACACCCAGGAGUGAAAAAGUUUCUGUCAGUCUUCAUUUGUUUGAUGGGAAUAGGUUUUUGUCUCUUCAUGGGAAGUGUCCAGAAAGGAAUGUCUGUUAGAGUAGGUUUCACUAGACCUUGAAUGCAUAUUGAUAUUGUUUAUGAUUUUUUAAUUUCUGUUUAAGGGGGAGGCUGGGGUACAGGGCCCUACAGGAACACAAGGAGAUCAGGUAAAAUAAAAGCAAAGGAUAUAUUCUUAAUCAACUCUGAAAAUAGCAUAAUUUGAGAUGGCAUUUUAUCAAUGUAACUAGCCGUUAUUUCUGCUGGUUAAAGAUGAAGAGAGAAAGGAGCAAUGAUUUUAGUAAAGGAAAUUCUAUCAAAAUGAACAAUGAUGUACAAUUAAGAAUAAAAUUUUAUAGUCAUUCUUAGAAGAGUCAGUGUGAAAAAGAAAAGAAAGAUAAAAAAGUUCGAUCUCUGGGCUAAAAUCGUAAGAAAUGAAUGGCAGACAUUGUGGAAAAUAUCUUUAUUUUUGGAGUGAAAAGGUUGAUUAGGAUAGAAGGAAAACUUGACCAGCUAGAGGGAAAUGAGGUUAAUUUUAAACAAAACCCUUUCUCAGUGUACUCAUUUCACAGACUGACUGUUUCCCUCAAUGUUUGUACCUGAAAUGUUGCUAACAUUUCUUAAUACAAUUUUUUCAUUCCCUCAAAUUAAUACCUUGUCUUGAAUUCUUUGCUUGUUAAAAUGUAUAUGUAAUUUUUUAUUGCAGGGAAUGAUUGGAGUGCCUGGAUUUCCUGGCAUCAAUGGUAUACCUGUAAGUACUGGUAUUUCAAUUAGCUUUUGCAAUCAAAGAGCACUUUUCUUCAUUCUGUAUGUGUAUGGUUUUCAUGUUUAAAUGUUUAACAUGUGUGGUAUACCACUGCUUCUGACAGAAUUAAACAUCGUUUUGAUCCAUUUAAAUUCUAGGGAGUCCCAGGAAUUGCUGGACCAAAAGGUGUCAUGGGACUCUGCGGAUGUGAUGGUGAUAAGGUAACACUCAGCAUACAACUUGAAUAAAAAAACAAAAUGGUUUGAAUAGACAUUGCUAUACAUGUACAAUACUUCUGUCGACUAAUUGGUUUGAGAGGCUAAAAGUAUUUGUUUUUUGUUUUUGUUAACUACAAACCAUUUACAAGUAACUUUAUUCAACAUUCAACAUUGAUAAGUAGUUAUUCACAAUUUAAAACCUGGAUUACAAGAUCUCUGCAAAUCAGAAAAUAUAUAUUGGCUAGGCUUUGGAAAAAAAAAAAGAAAAGUGUGAUUACUAUGAAAAAGUUUUUUAUGGUACAGGUCAGGGAAGCCAGAAUGUGCAGUAAGAUUAACAUUGAGUUUAGCAUAGAUCAAAUAUUGGUUGUGUGUUUAGAGGCUCAUUGACUCACUUGAAAUUGAAAGUCAGAGUAGCUUGCCUUAGUUCUCAUAGACCUAGAACUUGAAUGACUUGAUGAACGAAACAAAGGUGGGAUUCAUAAGGAAAUAAAACCUGUAAUACAGAAGACCUAAUUAUGCAAAUUUUUUUUAUCACAAUCAUUCAAUGAUGAAAUAUGUCCAAACAUUUUCCACAUGCUAACUGCUCAAAUGCUUUCUUGUUAGGGAGAACCUGGCCGCACAGGAACAGAUGGUACAAUAGGGGUAGCAGGAGAUCCUGGAGAGCAAGGACCUAAAGGCCCUGUGGUAUGACCCUUGAUCUUUUCUGUUGCAGGAAAGACCAAAUAGGAAUUUCUACAUUCAAUAUCAAUGAAGUUUGAGGCAACCAAAAUACAUUGUUUGGUUUAACAUCAAUUUCUUAGAGCUAAAAUGAUGAGAAACUUAUGGCAGAGAGUUUUAAGGAAAUCUAUAAUCAAAUGUUGGGAAUGAAAGGUUUGCAUGUGCUAACUUACUCUCAUUGUCUAUGAUGAAAAAAAAUCUCCAUAGUGGUGGUUCUAUCAGUUGUGUUCAUAGUGGCGGUGCUAUCAGUUGUGUUAACAAUAUCUCAAACUUUGCAAAGUUAAUUUGUCAGUUUAUAAUUUUUAAAUCAGUAAUCAAACAUCAGAAAUUAUCAAUUUAAUAUCGUUUUUUGAAAUUAUUUUUAGGGUGACCCCUAUGAUGGGCCAAUUACUGCAACAAAAGGACAGCAGGUAAUGCAUUAGCUGCAUAAAUGAUGCUGCUCAAAUGGUCUAACUUAGACACAAAUCAGUGUACUUUGCCUUCAACAGAAGGUCCUGGAAAAGAGAGAAGAGGGUCUGUGUGGUAUAUUCCCCCUAUAGCCUGAAUUCAUGUCAAACAUUAAACACUGAAUUUGAAAGAUUCCCAUAUUUGACCAUUUUGUCCAAAAUUUGGCACAUAGAAACAAUCAUUGUUGUUAUUGAAGUUAAUAAGCCUCCUCCCCUGCAUAAUGCCCAACCCCUGAGCCAGAAUAUCAAACAAGUACCCCCAUCACAUAAGCACUCCCCCUCUCCUCCCUCACUUUCCAAAUAGCAGAGAUACAGGGAAGACCUGUUUUUAUUGCAUCUUUAUUUAUAACUUUUCACGCUUCAACUACAAGGGAAUCAGUACAGGAGAAUGAUAAGUAUCUCCCUUACCCCCUCCCCCUCCUCCCUCACUUUCUAAGUGGCAGAGAUACAAGGAAGACCUGUUUUUAUUGCCUCUUUAGUUAUAACUUUUCAUGCUUCAACUUCAAGGGAAUCAGUACAGGAGAUUGAUAAGUGCCCCCCUCAAAUAAUUGCCUUCUUUCUAAUAAGCACCCUCCUCUUCUUAGAUAAAAUUUUGAAUAAGCACCUUGGGUGUUUAUUCAUGGAAAUAGGGUGUGUAUUAUUGCUUUAAAUAUAAAAAAAACUUCAGCCUCUAUAUCUACUUCAUCCUACCUCUUCUUUUCACUUCAGGAAUCAAUUGCUGAUAACUCAUUUUUUGUUGUUGUUAGGGUGACACAGGAGCCAAGGGAGAAAUGGGACCAUCAGUAAGUACUUUAAGAGCAGUUCAUUGGCUCCCUUGAAAUUGGAAUAGAAGCUUCUCACUGUUUUCAUGUAACUAUUAACUAAUAGUAACUCAAAAUCACAUUUUCUAUUGGAAAGUAAUCAGAGAUUUCAUUGGUGUUUUGUUUCACUGUGCUUCGUGAUUGCCCCAGAAAAUUUUCAGCCCAACAAAUCAGGUGUGUAAUUAGACUAUUGCACCUCAGGCUUGUGGAUUUUUCCACAGUUUUAGGAGUUUGUAGCUUUAACUCCAGUUUUGUGAAGCUCUUUGUGAUGUGCUCCUCUGAAUUGUUUGGUGGGGUGAUUAUGUUGGUUUUUUGCCACACUUUUGCAAGAGGGGCUUUCAUGAAGGCUUGGUUAAUGUCUAGUUGAAGUAUAGUAGUAUACAAGUACAGUCAAACCUGUAUUAAGGGGAACUGUAUUAAGCAGCCACCCUGUAUUAAGUGGUAGGUUCUUCAAGUCUCAAAUUUGUUUCUCCUUAACCACAGUAUAAUUUUCCCCUCUAUUAGGGCCCACCUGGAGAAGUUGGUCCCCCUGGUAUACCUGUAAGUAAUUAAUUUGCCACUAUUGUAAGAAAAAUUCCUACACUCCUUGAAUUUGCCUAUCAGUUUUUUUUCUUAGCUAAUGGAAGUUAUAAUAUCUUUGACAAGAUUUGAGUUGAUAAAUGUAAUUGCCAAAAUCUAGCAACUGCUAUAGAUAUCAAAAAACAUGCAAGCAUGAGAAAUUAACUUCUGAAUGGUAUGAUAGUUAGGGUUGAAAUUUUUUAGCGUUUUAGAAUUGUUUAUAACCAUUAGUUAGAAAGCUUUUUUGGCUUGCAUGUGCUUUAUAAUCUGAAAUGAGCAGAUUUAAAGCUGGUUUGAAAGUGGUUUGCAAAAUGAACAAAGUUAUGGCAAUUUAACAAUUGUACACAUGUGUACAAAUGUAUGUGUACUGAAAGUUUUCUCUCUCAUCAAAAUAAAUUCAACAUAAUUUUGAUCAUGUAACAUUCUGUUAUUGUCAAAAAAAAAAAAACUGGUAUAGACAGAAUUGAAAUGUAUAUUCUUCACCUUUGAUUUACUUUUCAGGGAAACCAAGGCCCCAUUGGUGAGAGGGUAAGCACAAGUUUGUAGAUCUGUUUGUUCAGGUUGAUUAUUCAGUUGAAAACAGUUGCAACAGUUGAUUGGGCUCAUCAAAUUGUCUGCUUCUGUUAAGAAUUCGUCACACUUUCUAAUACUUAAUAUGCUAUUUUAUCCCUUAUACAUGAGGUAUCAUCUGCACACAUCUUUUAUAGAUACUUAUCACUCAUGAAUGCUUCAAUGUCUUCAAUUUUUUCUUUUUUGCAGGGUCAAAAAGGGAAGCAAGGACCUCAAGGAGAAGAUGUAAGUCAAGUGGAACUGGACUAGGGUAGCAAUAACAAGAACUUUGGACUUUUGUGAAAAAAAAACUUUAAGGAGGAAAUGCAUGAAGCUAUAGCUCAGUGGAUAACCUAUACGUAUUAAGCAAAGCAAAUCUGUAGCAAGAGAUCUGGACUUCAAAACUAUCAACACCUUUUUUUUCACAUUACAAAUGAAUUCUUCUGAACUUUCAUUUUAAGGGUUCACCAGCUGAUGGGGAUCUACUGUUGUUGGAAGGAGAGGAAGGAGACAUGGUAAGUACAUAUUCUUCUUACAAUGACACAAAGAAAUCCAGACAACUGUCUACUGUAUUAAUGACAUUGCAAUUGCAUGUACAGCUCGAGGUACAUUAGGCCACAGUUUCAAGUCACAGCUAGCAAGCUCCUAGCUUUCUCUCUAUUUUGCUCUGAUGAAGGGCCAAUACACAUAACUUCAGCUUUAGAAACUCUUUUUGGUGGCCCAUUUUCAUAAUCAACUCAGUUGAUAAAACUGAAGAAUCUUUUUCCCUAAAUAAUUCAUCAUAUUUGGGUCUAGCUUAAGGUCUUUUUCGUGUGUUAACUUGAAAAAACACAAAAAAUUGCUAGUAAUUCAACAUUACCCAAAAUAAAGCACUCAAGUACACAGUUUGUCAUUUUUUGAGAGGCUAUAUUUUACAAACCCUAACCCUAACCCUGUGUAAUGAAUCAAAGAAAUGCUCCUCCUGAACUUCAUUUAUCCACAACAUCAGACAAAAAUGGUUUAAAGUUUUUCUUUCUAUUUUUGGAAUGGUUUGAUAAAUAUACCUAGAUUGUCAAAUCUCCCACCCCAAGGACCUGAUUUAUUGUUUGAUUACCGUAAGAUAAUUGGUGCUUCCACUCCUAAAGAAAGCUAAUAAUAAUGAUAAUAAUAUUGAUGAUAAUAAUGACUGUGAUAAUGAUAUUAACCAUGUUGGUAAUAAUAAAUAUCUAGUAUUACUUAAUUUAUUAGAUCUACAUUCCUUCGAGUGACUAGCAUCUAAUUUCUCCUCACAAUAUCACCCUUAAAUCACACAUUAAGGAAAUGAUCACCAACCUAAGAAGCUCUUGAUCAUGAAAUGAAUUCUCCUUGUCAACACCAUAGGAUAUGUACAGAGAACAUCAUGAAGACUAUACAUGCUCUGUCAUUGGCUGGUAUAAUUGGUCGAGCUGAUAAAUUUUUUUUCCUUGUUCUUCAGAAGGGUGCAUUUGGUUACACUUUUAUACUUUUGUUUGCUUUAGGGUCCACCUGGAGAGGAAGGAGAUCCAGGCGAAUUUGAAUUUGUUGGUCCACCUAAAGGAGUUAUUCCAGAUGGGGUAAUAUAUGACUUUGUUUUACUACUUUCAGUGUACUCUAGAAGCCCUGGUGACCAUUGUUUUUACUGGCUCUGUUUUUGUGUAGUUACUUUAAUAGACAUCAUAUUACAAUCAUGUCCUAAUCUGAAUUAUAUAAUAAGCUCAGUUAUGCAUGCAUUCUGAUUGGUUCUCACAUAUGAUCUAUUGGAGGACAGACGUAUAGAUGACGUCAUCAUUAAAACUUUUUUUAAUUCUUUAUUAUAUAAAACAAAUAGAAAUAGAUUCCAAGUUAUCGUGUGUCCGUUCAGUAAUAGAUCAGAGAGGACGUCAAAAUGUGGUAAGAACAUCAGUGACACACUCAGCUGUACCUCGUGUGCCACUUUUUUGUUCUUACCACAUUUUGACGUUAUCUGUGAUCUAUUACUGAACAGACGCAUGGCAACUUGGAAUCUAUUUCUUAAAUAAAUGCAUCCAUUACCAGCAAAAGUGAGCAAAAUUGAAUCACCUGUACAUGUAGCACUUACUACUUUAACCCUUUAACUCCCAGGAGUGACCAAGACAGAAUUUCUCCUUACAAUAUCAAUACAAUAUCAAGCCAACAAGUGAGAAAAAAAGAAAAAUAUCAAUUAGGAGAUUAUCAGUUGAUCCAAUACCAAAUUCUCCAAACUAACAUCCCAAGAACUGUAUGGUAGACAGUAAGGAGAAUUACUGAUGAGAUCUUGGGAGUUAGAGGGUUAAGUUAAUGAUAUUGGUUACAAUUAUUUUACUUUGCAUUUAGCAGAAUAGCAAGGGACAAAAAGGUGAACCAGGAUCUUCUGUAAGUACCUUUCAGACCACUUACCGUUGUUUACAUGUAGCAGUCUAUGUGCUAAAUGCAUCUUUGACCCUCAUAACUGAAUACACUAAUAGGACUUUUUUGGUCAGGGGUGGAACCUGAAAAUUCAGCAUUUAGGGUCAGUUUAUGGAUUUUUUUUAUAAUAUUAAACAAUGCCACUUUGUACCCCUCAAUAGGCCUAUGGGAUGAUCUAGAGUUUUUUUGAGAGGAAAAUUUUGUUUGUCUCUUGCUUCACUUUACUUAGUGUCACACAUAGAGAAUUUGCAGAGGUGACUGUCCUAGAUUACAUUGAUCUGUUUGAAUACAAAGGUCAUUCAACAGUGCAGGAUAGAUUUGUUUGAUGAAGUUCUUGAUUUGGUGGAUCAAAGAAGAAAUUGACAGACUUGAUCCAGUAGUCUGUUAGGUGUCAUUGGAAUCAAGAGUCCCUGCUUUAGACGCUUUACAAGGGAUUUUAAUAGCUCGAUAAGAUGCAAUUCUUUACCAACCAAAGUAUGCGCUUCUAUAGCAUCAGCUGCACAAUUCUACCAAGUUAAUCAACUCCCUCUUGAAUAAUACCCAUGAACAACUUGUAGAACAGUUUGAUUUUUUUUACACUCAGAGGUGGGGAAUUUACAAAAUGAAGGAAUUUUUUAUUUUGGUGUUAGUCUCAAAUGUUUUUUUUUUUUGAAAUUGUAACUGUUAUGAUUAAUUGGUUACAGGACUCCAAUUCUGCAGACAUACUCAUGAUUAACAAAUCAGACUCCUGCUUCUUGAUCAUCUAAUUUUGUUGAUCACUCGCAUGAUUACAGAUGGAACUGGACUCCACUCAGUCCUAUUACCAUUAUUAACCUUUUAACUCCCAGAAGUGAUUAUCAUGUAUCUUCUCCCCCUAUAAUAUUCGUUCAUUAUCUGGCAAAAAGGUAAUGAGAAUACUCAAACUUGUCAGGAAGAAGUUUUUAUAUUGAUCUAACACCAAAUUCUUGCAACCUAAUUACAAGGAAAUGUAUGGCAACUAGAGGGGAGAUUAAACAAUCAGAUCUUGGGAGUUAAAGGGUUACUCAGUGUAUUAUUUGUCCUGUUGUAGGGUGGUGAUGGUGCCAAGGGAGAAAAAGGAGACCCGCCAACAGAGAGGGGUGAAAAAGGAGCGCAAGGACCAGUUGGAAACCCAGGCCCUGUUGGAGUAGAGGGUGAUCCUGGAGAUGAGGUAAAUGAAGUACACUUGAUCCUCCACUAGUAACCACCUCUUUGUAGUAGUGGCCACUGUCAUUUAUGGUUGGCAGUUCAUACAAUCACUGCAGUGUUAACCCUUUAACCCCUAAGAGUGACCAGCAUCUAAUUUCUUCCUAUUGUUAUACUGCUGAAUUAAAUAUCAAGAUCAUGAGGAUAAAGAAAAGGAUCACCAUUCUAAGAAGCUGUGAUUGUUAAAUAAAUUUUGUUAGUCAAUAACAAAGGAUAUGUGUAGAGAGGCGUAUAAAGAAAAUGGAUGCUGAUGUUGGGGUGAAAAGUGUUGAGGGCCACUACAGUGCCUCUUAACUGCCAAAAUAACCACUUGUUAACAACUAGUUAAUCACUGGCUGAUGAACACUGUCAGUGGUAAAAUAUUAGACCUCUUGCUCAAGCAGCUUUACUUCUUUGGAGCAUAAAGUUUUGGUUUCUCUGUUAAUGAUGUUGUUUGAUAGUGUGUUGCAUAAAUUAUUAGCUGCAAUGAGCAUUUUUUUUUCCAGAAGGAGAAUUAGUCCUACCUUCUUGUAUUGACCACCUCCCUACCAAAGAUUCUUUCUUCUGUUCUCAUAGUAUAGCCAUUGAGCAGUUGUUCCACUGUAUCAUAGCUGCAGAAAUGCAUAUAUCUGUGUGUGGUCAUUUCAGGGCAGUCGCAGCUUGUUUGAUUAUUUGUUUACAGUCUUUAUAACUAUGAACAAAGAAAAGUGAAACAAAUAAAUCCUUUUAAUGCUUAAACCCUUAAGAGUGAUGUGCAUCUAAUUCCUCCUUAUAAUAUCACCCCUGAAUCACACAUUAAAUUCACAGGAAUAAAGGAAAUGACCACCAACUAAAGAAGUUCUUGAUUGUUAAAAAAAUUCUCCUUGCUAGCACCCUAGGAAAUGUAUGGAGAACAGAAUGGAGGAUAUACAAACUGAUGUUAGGGUGUAAAGGGUUAAUUGUAUUCAGAUAUGACACCUUGUCUUAGCUUUGGGGAGCAUGGCCUGAUAAUGUUUGGUUAUGUAGGUUCAUGAAGAUUUAUAUCUGACUUGCUUUGCAGGGAAAUGCUGGAGCCAAGGGAGAUAAUGGAACCAUUGGUGCCCCGGUAGAUAUAUAUAUUAACAUAGAUACCCUGCUAAUUAAUAUGUAAUUACAUUUAAUAAUUUCCUGCUUUUGCAUGAGUGUGUGCAAUCACUCCUUUUUGUAUGGAAUGAGUGAAAAAUGGCAUGUAGAGAUUGUGAAAUUGUUUGGAGUUGAGGUGGAAUCCUCCUCAAGGGAACAAGUGAAAGCUAAUUUGAUAAAAGAGAACUUUUAAUGUAACUAGAAGUUUCUUGCAAGUUAAUUUAAAAAAGGAAUUUAGAUAUUUUUGCAUCGGCUGUGUAAAAGAAACUUUGGAUUCAAGGUAACUUAAUUUAAAAUGUUCAUGCUUUCUCAAUAGGGUGAGCCUGGGCCUCAAGGUGAACAGGGUAGACCUGGCCCUGACGGUGACAAGGUAUGUUGAUGACAUUUUUCUUUGUGGGAUUUGCUACAUAAUUGCAGCAAUUAUAAUGUUUCAGUUAGACUUGACCCACUUUUAAUUGUGGACCCAAGUUCAAAUGGCCUGUUUGCAUUAUCCUCUACCUGUAUUGUAAGGUCACUUAAAGUGGAACCACUCAGAUAAACUAAGAAUAAUCUUUGAAGAAUAAUUUAAAACAUAUUUAUCACCUGAAGUCAAUGUUGGUAGCAUUUUUGACUGAGUUUUUGUGCAUUAAGUAGUCAAUUAUGGCAUGAAAUGCCAUUGUUUAUCAUUUCUUUAUUUAAAAACCCCUAUUAUGUGGAACCUGUAUCAAGUGGUCAACCUGUAUUAAGUGGUCAUCAUGCCAUUCCCCUUGGGUAACUGCUUAAUACAGGUUUGACUAUAUUUGGUUUGGCCUGAUUUUGUAUGCCUUUUUAACAACGCUACCUGAAAUAAUGAAUUAUUUAUCAAAAAGGACUAUGGGGAUUUUUGAUGAAAAUACCUUGCCCACAGUACACAUACCUUUGUAAUGGAAAUCUUAGUUUAAAAAGUUAAUAUUUUCUUUGAAAAUCCAACAUCAUAUCGUUAUUAUGGUAGGUAUUUGAAGAUUUGAAGUAUUGUUUGAUGGGUUUUUUUCCCUCUUAUAAAUUUUAACACUUGUGUUUGAUUCAGGGUUUGAAGGGUAACCCUGGACCUGCUGGCCCUACUGGUUCAACAGGAGAAAGAGGGGUGAGUUUAUUAAUUUAUUAAAUCCAUUUUGAAAUCAUUCAUGCUCCUUGCAAUCUGAUUGGUUCUUGCUGGUGUGUUUAAUUUACAAAUCGCACCAUUUUAUGCUCUAAAUUGCACCCUUUUUUUCAACCAAUAAGACAGCUUUACGUAAACACAGCAACCAAUCAAUUCCAAUCAAUAGUCAAGGCAAGAAAUAAUUUCCUUUUGCAAUAGGACUGACAACAGCAAGUUUCAUGAUAACAUCCAGUUGUUAAGCAAAUAUACAUUUUUGGUAGGGCGCGUUCUUUUGGGAAGAUUUAAAUCAUGAUUCUUGAUCCCAGAUCACUUUGAAAGGAAAGGGUUUUUCAAUUGAGUUAUUACUGUUGAUACAUAUUUAUUAAAAUACUUUUCUGAUUUUGACAGGGUGGAGUGCCAGGCCCACCAGGUGGUCAGGGAAUAAAAGGAACGGCUGGACGUCCUGGUGAGAGUGGACCGUCUGGUGAACCAGGAGAUACAGGAGCCCCCGGUUCUCCAGGUGCUUCUGUAUUUGGACCCAAAGGCGAAGUUGGUGAAACAGGGCCAAUUGGUCCCCCAGGGGCACCUGGUACUCCAGGUAAAAUGUCCUUUGGUUACCUUGAUUCCCCAUUCCCUUUCCCCGUUUUAAACGGGGGAAGUUAUGUGACACGGCAAUGAUUUAGUUUGCUUCACUGUUCUCUGUGAUUGUUCAAGAAAACCUGCAUUGCGUCCUCAACCAAUCAGAUUCAGAACCCAUCUCAUCUUUCCCACUUGUGUUUUCCUCAGUCUUAGCAGUUCAUUACAUAGAUGGUUUAUUCUAUUACUCUAUUGAAAAAGCAGGUAUCUGGAGGUAUUACUAACCACAACUCCUCUAAAGGCUCUUCAUGAUGCCUAUUACAAUUCACGUUUUCCUGCUCAAGUUUGCAAAGUUGAAUAGGUUACUUUAUUUGAACUGACUUUGAUGGAGGUUAAAAGUUGUUAUCACGGUUGACUCCAGACUCAGGGAAAUUGAAAAAGGUUUUCCUUACCAGGAGUUAGAGUAAGGGGAAAUUGAGAAUGUUUGACUCCAAAUUGGGAAAUUUGACUCGAACAAGCAGAAGGAUAAAGUUAGUUAUAGUUUGAGUUUCUGAGAGUUGACUUAGCUCGUUUACACCACUCACUCAAUUUUAGGGACGAUUCGUGACAAUUGCUUUGUAUUACGUAAAUAGAAGAGGAAGGGAGCAGCUCUUGGUAAAAUAUUUUCAUGACCAGUCCGCAAACUCCACUGCGCCUUUUCUUCCACCUUUGCAGGUGUUCAAGGUAUGCUGGGAGAUCCUGGACUACCUGGUGAAGAGGGGCCGCAAGGUAGUAACGGUUCACGUGGCGAACCAGGAAACGAUGAAGUUGGACCCAAAGGUAUGGAUGGGCCACCAGGAGAAAGAGGAUUUGUUGGAGUUCAGGGCGAGUUAGGACCCAAAGGAAAAAAAGGUAACCAGUCUGUUUUUGUGUUGUUUUCUUUUUCAUUUUUGAACUCAAUACGCCGUUGAAGUACAUUAAGAUCGACCAGGGCCACAGCAUUUUAACCCUUAAACUCCCAUGAAUGACCAAGACAGAAUUUCCUCUUACAAUAUCAAUAAAAUGUCAACCAGGUAAGUGAUGAGAAUAAAGGAAAAUAUCAAUUUGGGGAUAAUUAGUUGAUUCAAUACUAAAUUCUCUGAACUAACAAUGUAAGAAUUGUAUGGUUGACAGUAAGGAGAAUUACAAAUUUGAUCUGGGAGAUAAAGGGUUAACUGCAAUUACGGGUGGUCUUGUCUGGCUCAAAAUGAAUAUUAUUAAUAGUAACCAUUAUUGGACCUUCCGGUAAAAGAUCAUUCAGCCUGACCCUUUUACAGUUUUUGGUAGUUUUGUUGACAUGUUUCUGGGCUUUUGACCACUAACAAUGUCAUUGCUUGUGUUACUAGUCAUAAAUAUACUCUUAGUUUCUCCAGCAGCGUGCAACCCACGCUGCAUGUAUGUUACAGUUAUUAUGGUAUUGUAUUUGUAUAUUUUGUGGAGCAGAUGAUGAGCUCUAAGACAUGAGAUGAUGCUCCAGAAGCUACGCAUCCUUGGGACUUGUAUUUACCGCGAGGUCAAACGACACUGCGUUUCCAUCGUAUAGUGUCCUGUGCUUCAGAAUCGCAAGUAAAAUGACAUAAAUUUUUCUUUAAAAACGUGCCACACAGUAUGACAAUUUUGUAUUACUUUCCUUUCUUCAGCUGAACCAUAUUUUUGCCCAGAGAAUGGCUGUCCACCUCGCAAAGUCGGUGCUCGGGGGCCUCCAGGGUCACCAGGAAAUCCAGGAGAAAGGGGAAAACAAGGAUUACGAGGAGAGCAAGGUGGAAACGACACGUGUCCUGUUUGUCCGCCAGGACCCCAAGGUCCAAGGGGGGCUAAAGGUAUGCCCGGUGAAAAGGGACUUCCUGGAAUGAAUGGUACAGAUGGAAACAAGGGUGCAGAGGGACCGACUGGGCAACGUGGUCCACAAGGCCCUGAUGGUUCACCUGGACAGAAGGUAUUGCAACUCUAAAAUCUCACACCCACCGAGUAACAAUUUAGGAUUUUUACCAGAAUUGGCAGUGGUGGCGCAAUCUGAUUGGUCAAUUUGCCGUUGUCGAUAAGAGCACAGACAACGGUGCUCGCGUCAACGUUUCACACAAUGGUCACGUACUGAAAGAAUCGUUUUCUUUGACGUUGAUAUUGUGAACUCAUUCCGUUACGCCUCGUAAAUCCACAACAUUUUGACCACUCCUUGUCAGAACCCUAGUAAAUGUCCAGGGAGUAGUAUGGAGAAUAUGCAUACUGAUCUUAGGAAGUAAAGGGUUAAGGAACUUCACGCUAACUGUUUAUUUUGGUCCAUACACUAUACAUAUAUACUGUAAAUUCCAGAGAUUUGUCAAGCUUCAUCUUUCCUUUAGGGUUCUAAUGGUUUUGAAGGAGACCAAGGGAAAAAAGGAGAAAAGGGUGAUGCGCCUGUUGGUGAAAGAGAAGAGGUUUAUCAGCCGCCAGGUCCGCAAGGUGACGAAGGAAGCCCUGGUUCAAAGGGUGUGCGUGGAUCUGCUGGUAAUAAUGGGUCUUCUGGACUCCCUGGUCCGAGCGGAGAAAAAGGAGAUGUGGGGGCACCCGGAAUGUCGGUAAGAUAUUGAUAGGUAUUGUUUUAGAGACUUUCAGAGUCAGUGUGGAAUGUUAAAUACCUGACGGCGGGUUAAGAUUCACUUCGCUUUGACGAAACUCUUUUUGGUGGCCAGUUUACAUUGGCAACUCGGUUUUAAAAAACCAUAUUGUUAUACGAUACUAAACCAUAUUGUAAAAACCAGUUAUUAUACUCUCCCACCGACGCAGCAUCACAGAUUGUUUAGAAACUUACCCCCUUUAUUUAUAAGACUCACUGAGCUGGUUGUUUACACGAGAUGUAACCCAGACUGCGGUUUUACUCAGUGGACCUUACGUGUUCUCUAUAAGAGGGUUGUUUUCAUUAAACAUAAGUCAAUCCACUGCUAGCUUUCGGCCCUCUUGACACUGUUUACAAAAAUAAAUGUUGGGAUUAAAGAUUCAGCUAAAUUCAAGAUAGUUUAGAAGGCAAUUUCGUUAAACAACGGCUAAACCUUUUUAAAUAACCGGUCCGCUGAAUUUUUUUUUUUCGUUCAUAAUCCCUGGAAGUCUUGGUACAUUAUAAUUGUUAAUGUAACUCCCCAAGUAAUACAAAUCUAAAAAACUAAUUCUUUGUACAAGUAUUUGACAGGAAGAGUAUUCACAUGCUGGGAGCUGGACCGAAAGUUCCGGGGUCACGGUGAUGUGUCCUUGGGUAGGAAACUUACUGACCUACCCUUCCUCAGGGUAAGCGUUGUGGCUCGUUAGCUGACAUUUCUUUCACCUUUCAGGGUCUUGAUGGUUUUCCAGGUACAAAUGGUCUACCAGGAGACCGUGGUUCCAAAGGUGAGACUGGUGACAAAGGUGAUCGUCCCAUCGUACCCGUGCCCGAUAUGGGUAGAAAAGGAGAGAAAGGAGCCGAAGGAGAUAAAGGAGCUAGGGGAGAAAGCACAAGUCCGAGUGAUCUAGGUAAAACAGCCGUACAUCGUUAAUCGCCUUAGUUGCUUUAGGUCUUGCAUUCUUGCAAUGCGUUGAUCAAUUCGAAGCUUCAACAUUCCACUCCCCCGGGCCACCCCGCGACGUCUGAACUUAUUCAAAUUCCCGCCUCCCAGGGGAAAAUUGUGUUCAAAUGCCCCACCCAUUUUUUUUUUUGUUGAAAGGCAAAAUCAACGACCUUGACUUUCUAGACGUUGGCCAAGCUUUAAAAUCAAGAAAUGCGGGCCUUUUCUUUUCUAUUGUUUUUAUGAUUAACCUCUUAACUCUAAGUGACCAAGACAGAAUUUCUCCAUACAAUUCCAGUACAAUAUCAAGCAGACAAGUGAUGAGAAUAAAGAAAAAUAUUAAUUAGGGGAUUACUAGUUGAUCCAAUACCAGAUUCUUCAAACUAACAUCACAAGAACUAUAUAACAGACAGUAAGGAGAAUUACUAAUGAGAUCUUGGUAGUUAAAGGGUUAAGCGUUAUGGCCCGUAGAGGUAUCAUGACUCUCGACAAACCUGCGGGCUUGCAGGAGCCACGUACAUUUCUACGUUGCUAAUUAUAGAAACGGUUUAUGUACCGCUGGUGUUUAAGCCUAUAGAUUAGGUCUUACUGUGUGAAAAUUUUUCUUUAAUCCUUUUUUACCCACUUUUCACCUCCCACUCUCACUUCACCUCUCAUUUUGCACUUUCCAUUUCCUACGUUUCACCUUUCACUUUUCACUUCAUUUUUUGUUUACCACCUCUCAUUCCCCACUUUUCACUUUUGUUCAUUUUUCACUUCUCACUUCCCACUUUUCACUACAUUUUCCGUUUUUCCUUGCUCAUAUCUACAGCGCAGCUUUUAAGCGGUGAAAGAGGUGACAACGGUACAGCAGGAGCGAAAGGAAAUGCGGGAACGGUUGGAGUUCCAGGACCGAGAGGCGUAAACGGAAGUAGGGGAGCCGACGGGGACAAGGGAAUGCCAGGAGAGAAUACUCGAGGUCCCCCUGGACCCGCCGGUCCUCCAGGUACUGAAACCGAAAAAGAAGUCUUGAUGACGAUGCUCACUAGAGCAUUAUUUAGUCACAGCAUGUACGCUCUGUCCAAUAAAAUUCGAUCUUUCCUUUGUACAACGAAUUCUUAGACCGCUUAUGUCUCUAAUGUCUUUCAAACUGAAACUCAAAUACCCAAGAAACGGAAUUGAUGUUGUCUGUAAACCCUACAAGACGUUGUCAGGAAGAAUUUCGCCUCAUAGUUAAAGCUGUCUAUCGAUUUCCAGGCCAAUGCACAUUGAAAUGUAUAGAUUCACUCAAUCGACCCUGAGGGCAAGAAGCUUCCUUUUCUUUAUUUUUAAGCUAGUUUGUAGGGAAAUACGUUUUAUCCUGAAGGCAUUAAACAUCAUUACCUCCAGUGUCGUUUUCGCGCUGUAGUAGAAGUACAGUCACGAAUGUUUGACAUACAUCUCAAUGUGAGCUCUAUCUUAGAGGAAUGACCACGUAAAGGAGCUGUAGCGAAUUUAAAUUCGGACAAGUAAAUAAAGGAGUUAAGUUUCUAAAGAAACUUAUGGUGCUGCACCGGUGGAGAUUGUCACGAGAUUAACUCAUUAUCAACUCAACUGAGUUGGUAAUGUAACUUGGCCACUGUAAAGAGUUUUUAAAGCUGACGUCUUGAACGUUUGCCGCUCUGACGAAGGACUAACGCUCAAACGUCAGCUUUCACGUUUGAAAAAAAUCUUUACGGUGGCCAAGUUGCAUUAUUAACUCAAAAUCAAAUUAUCUUUAAAUGCAGACAGUCGUAUUCACCAGGUACUGGUUCGGACAAGUCACAGAGGUGAACUGUGAUUUGAAUUCUUUUCAGGUGCAGACGGAUCUAUAGGUGGUAGAGGUGAAAGAGGAGCCAAAGGUGACUUAGGAAUGGACGGAUUGGAGGGACCACCAGGAAGAAAUGGAUCAAAGGGAAUGCUAGGUGAACCUGGUGAUCGUCAAGAUGGACCCACGGGUAAAGACGGUGAAGACGGACAGAAAGGCGCGAGAGGUGAGUAAUUAACUUGCAGUUAUAUUCAGGUUUGGAUCGGUCUUCAUAUACUUGUGUAUAGAAAAUAGUUCGAGGCUGGUCUCACGCGGCAACUCGUCACUGGCAAAUGAAUCAUUAGAUAGCUUUCGGUGUUUUCAAAUUAAUGCAUUGAGAAACAUGCUCAAAAUCCUGUUAGCAAAGUUCAAGGUGUUUUUAGUGCGGUCGCCUAACAGAGAACGAUUCCCAGCCGGAAGUUUACAAGUUAUAUUUGUGUAACAAGCCACGAAAUAUUCUUUCACAAGUAUUGACAUUUUAACUCGUGGAUAUGCGAAGCAUAGGUACGAGUAAUAUGGGGAUUCGAUAUGAAAACUUCAUGGUGUCAGCACGGCCUUGGAAGUCUGGAGAGAGCAUGCUUGUUUUGAUAUUAUUUUUUUGUGUUUCCUUUCCUUUGUUCUUUUGUUUAGGAUUGUUCCUUUUCUCAACAAGAUUGAAGUUUCAAACAGAUAAAGUGGCCAUUAACUUCCAUUUGUUUCUUUGCUUGUUUUUUUAACGAUCGUUUUCUGUCGCAAUAGGGGUCACAGGUGAAGGCGGCGUGGUUGGAUUUCCAGGUGACCCAGGUGCUAAUGGAGAGGAUGGUUCCGCUGGGCCGAAAGGACUGCCGGGACAGCCUGGAGCCCAGGGCCCUAAAGGAACUACGGGAACUAAGGGAGAGCUUGGUGACAGAAUAAGCGGUCCUCCGGGUGACCCUGGAAUUAUGGGUCUACCAGGUGUCCCAACUAAAGGUUUGUUUUAGCCCACACGUAACGAAGUUUAUUAAUGUAGCGGUGAUAGCCUCAUAUUCAGCAUCGUAUCUUGGCUCUAUCAUUUUGCUGACACAUUGUUCAGUGUUUACAAGGGCAAUAUUUGUGAUUUCUUUACGUUCGUUUUAUCUUACAUUUCAUAUAUUGAUAUCUAAGAAGUUCAAAGAUAAUACACAAGACCACAAUACUAAGUAACAAACAACAAAGCAAGGCAAGACAAAUUCACAACAAAUUCGAGUUUCUUACAAACAAAGUAUAAAAUUAAGUACGAGAUUUGAGAGAAGGGUUUCUUUUUAACGUAACAAAAUUUAUUUAAGGAUAAAAUGCUUAAUUAGACAAUCCUCGAAAGUUCAAAUCUUUCUUAGGCGAGAGAGGAGAAGCAGGCUCGAAAGGAGAUGCAGGUUCGCCGGGAACGCCUGGACAAAACGGUCCUCCAGGUAAUCCUGGUGACGAUGGGCCUCCUGGUGACCCAGGUAACCCAGGUCCACAAGGAAUGAAGGGAAGAACAGGAGUCAUUUGUAAGUACAGCAGCUGAAUCUUUCUUUUGUGACACUGUAUUAACCCUUUAAUUCCCAAGAUCUUAAUGUAAAUUCUCUCCUCUAACUGCUACACAUGUCCUUGCAAAUUAGGUACAAGAAUUUGUUGUUAGAUCAGGAUAAUGACUUUUACCUUAUAAGUUUGAAUAUUCUCAUUACCCGUUUGCUGGAUAUAUAUAUGGAUAUUUUAAGGAGAAGUUUCAUGUUAAUCUCUUCUUGGAGUUUAAGUGUUAAUCUUUGAAAUCAACCAUUAUCUGUGAGUGUGAAAGAGCAAUAAUGAUCUGCAAAGCAAAGCGAAGCAAGCACAGCUUAAUUAUGCAAUCACAUGUAACUAUCCCUGAUGUGCAAGUUUCUGAGUGGGGAAAUAUAUAUUUUUUUCAACUUUUUUGCUCACUAUUUUGCAUCUUUUGAGGGAAUUACGGGUGCAAAGCAUCGGAAAACCUAUCCUCGCUUCCUCGAUAUUCUACGAAAGAUUCGUUUGGUAAUUUUAAUAUUUGGGGAUCGUGUCUCGGUUCAGUUUGGCGUUGUCUUGGCUUCCAGCUCUGAGUGAGAAAUGACGUCAGGAAAGAUGCAUGUCAAAAUAUCAGUUAAGCUUUAAUUAAGUUAAUUUACUAAACCUUAAGCAAAGUUCGGAUUCUAACGAAGAAUGCAUGUUAAACUCGGAUCUUGUCAAACUAGUGCUUACCAAGAAGUUUCAGUUUGAGUUAAAAUCUCGGUAUUUUCUCAAUUGCGUUUUCAAUCUCUUUUAACUUCAGUGUGUGGCCAGGAAAACGCUGACUAUGCCUUCCUCAUGGAUGCAUCUCGUAGUAUUCUCCCAGACGAAUUUCAGUUGCUGAAAAAUUAUGUAAAGGACGUUAUUGACUACCUCAGCAUUGGCCCCGCUCUCACCCAUGUCGGUGUCAUUGAAUACAGCAAGAGCGCCAAAAUGGAGCUAGCUUUUGACAAAUCGUAUGAUAAAGAAGAAAUAAAAAGGAUCGUAGACAAAGUACCACACACCAAGGGUAUUACACGAAUCGAUCUGGCCCUGCAGGUUGCCUCACAGGAAUUAUUUACUGCAGCAAUUGGAGGAAUGAGGAAUUCAUCCAGAAAGGUAAAAUGUCUCUUAACUUUAACCAGGGACUGUUUUUAUCCACUUAUCGCGGAUUUGAGUACUUCAGCAGCGUGUGCUUUCUGUGUGCGGGGAGGCCUGGACUAGUUUUACUUGGGAUUUCAGCUUGAGCCCAGGAGUGUAGGGGGUUCUUGCCUUUGACCCUCUGACUCAUAUCAGCAUCUUAUUUCUCCUUACAAUAUCACCCCUAAAUAACACACUAAGGUCAAGAGAAUAAAGAACAUGAUCACCAACUAGGGAAGCUCUUGAUUGUUGAACAAAUUCUCCUUGUCAGCGCCUAAGGUGAUGUAUUGAGCUGACUAUGGAGAAUAUGCAUACUAAUGCUAGGGUGUAACGGGUUAACCUGUGGACUCUCAGGAUCUUAUUUGAAAAACUUCUUUGUAUCCGAUAUUCAUCUACUUGAACACCAUUUUGGAGAACUUGGUGCUCUAUCACGGUAACUAUAUCUGGCUGAUUGGUUUGUAUAUUCUUAUCUUUUUUUUUGGAUGAAGUGUGGAAUUGGUCGGGAGAAUUAUCAAAUUGAUCACUGGUGGAAGUUGAAGGGUUAACAGGAACGAAACACAUGGCCAAUCGUAUCAAGAAAUGGCCUAUUGUUCCGGCUCAACUUCUCACAUUAAGUAUUAAAGAAUAGUCCUUUUGUUCUUUGUAACGCUGAGGGACUUUUGCCGAAGCGACGCGAAAAACUUCGUGACUAAUCGGACAGUUUGUUAUUAUACUCGUGAUAAACAAAUCGGACUUCCGCCGUACGGUCGUCCGAUUUUGUUAUCACACGUAUGAUUACAGACCGAAUGGGACUCCACUCAGUUAGUUUUCUUUUCUUAUUCUACAUUUCACAGGUAAUGGUUCUACUAACAGAUGGUAACCAAACAGGAACAGAUGCUGCUCCAGACCAAGUACCCCUUGUUGAUGCCAUACAACCCAUUAAAGCUCUUGGGGUCAAGGUGAUUGCUGUUGCCAUUGGGAGUGUUGACCUUGAUCAGCUGCGUUUGUUAGUGACCGACAAUGAUGACAUUUUGAAGACACAAAGCUUUGCUGAACUUCGGAAUCUCGUUAGAACCACUGUCGAGAGGAGUUGCAGAGGUAUUCUUUAACCCUUACAAUAUCAAUGCAAUAUCAAGCAGACAAGUGAUGAGAAUAAAGAAAAAUAUCAAUUAGGGGAUUAUUAGUUGAUCCAAUACCAAAUUCUCCAAACUUACCGUAUUUAUUCGACUAGAAGCCGAGCGAUUUUUACACAAAUUAAAACUGAAGUGAAUUAAAAUUUGGACUCUAGAGGAGGUCUCGGCUUAUAGCCGAAGGAUUUUGAAAAAAAUUUUUUCCAGCGCAUGGAAACUCUACUAAAUCGGGACGUAUUUACUCAUAAGUAAAGAAACACAAUAUGCAAUUGUUGUUUUGGUGCGAAGGCUAACGGAAUGGCGGCGCUUCCAUUUCUGGUACUAGCUGAGGGACGCUUUAAUCUCAGGAUUCUCGCUGUUUUGGAUUACAUUAAUUCAUCCGAGUUAUGAUUCGUUACUUUUUAAUUGAAUAGUUAGUUACGGGUAAUAUUUAUUAAUUCGCGUGUGUUUUCUGAGAGAGAGGCUUUUUUGUCCUUUGCAUAUUAAAUCACCAUUGUAUCUGUUGUAUACGCGCGUGUGUGUUAUCGUCAAAGCCUCAUUUACGACAGUCAAUGUGAUUUUUUUCAGAAAAUGUUAGGUUUUCCCGUAGUUAACAAUUCAGUCUUGUAAUAAUGAAUGGGUUUCGGCUUAUAGCCGAAUAAAUACAGUACUUCACAAGAACUAUAUGGCAGACAGUAAGGAAAUUUCACACAAAAAUUACAUAGAGGAUAAUCAAUGGCCGCUGGGGAUACGAAUUUUAUCUUCGAGUGCUGAAAGUAUCUCUCACGUGUGAGCGAAGAAGAGAUACUUUCAGCACUCGAAGAUAAAAUCCGUAUCCCCAAGCGGCCAUGUUUAUUUUGUAGAUACUGAUGAAAUUCCUACACGCCUCGAAGCCAUUCAGUGAAUGAAAUUUCAAAAGAACCGGCCGCGCGCCUGAGCGGGAAGCUCUCUUGUAAUUGGCUAAUCAUGUUAGUAACCAUGGCGACACCAAUAUCCUCACACGUGAAAUAUAAUAAUAGUAUCUUUACUGCGCGCGAUGAAGAUAUGAUUUUUUAGUGAAAGGAAAAAUCCUGGUAUUUCAUCAGUAUCUAUAUAAUAAAAAUUGUUUAAUCUUUGAGAAGCAUGUGUUUCGGAUGGGCCUUAGACUGCACUAUGGCCAAUAUUAUUAUGAACUUAACGACACGUAAUACGUAGGGUUACUGAGCAAAACCAGCGAUCCCCCGUGGCUAACGUACCUUAAAUUUUAUGAAACCUCUUAAGAAAACUUUUAAACUUCGUAGAAAGUCAGUUCAAAUUAUUUUAACAUCGGAAUUAAAAAUUCAGAAGAACGGAGAGUUUUAAAUGUUGAGCAAUUUUUCAAGGUUUCAUAGAGAUAGUAUCAUAUAAAAGAUCGUAACAUGCAAGAGGAGUGAUUGGCUUUCGUUUUUAGGUUCCAUUUAUCCAUUAUUGCUCUGUAGGUCCACUUGGCGAUCCUGGUAAGAAGGGACCAAAAGGUUUUCCAGGUGCACCAGGAGGAGAAGGGCCGGAGGGUUUCCCAGGGAUGCCAGGAAGUCAAGGACCUAAAGGAGAUCAGGGUCCCACAGGGCCACCAGGUACUCCCGGCGAGGGUGGAGAUAAAGGAUUCACUGGAGAUGAAGGACCCCCAGGUAUGAAACUUAACCAUUUAGCCCCUAAGAGUGACUAGCAUUUAAUAUUCCUUAUAAUAUCACCCCUGAAUCAGGCAUGAAGGGCAUGAGAAUGAAGGAAAUGAUUACCAACAAAAGAAGCUUUUGAUCAGCAAACAAAUUCUCCUUGUCAGCACCUUAGGAAAUGUAUGAACAAACAGUACGGAGAAUAUGCAUAAUGACAUUGGGGUGUAAAGGGUUAAAGAAAAGAUCCACCACUGGAACAUGUUGCCGUUGAGCAGAUGAAAAUUCAGUGUAGGAUUGACUGAGAACAAGACCCACAGAUAACACUUAACGCCCUAACAUCAGCAUGGUUAUUCUCCGCACUGUUCUCCGCACCUUUUCUAAGGUGCUGACAAGGAGAAUUUGUUUUAUAAUCAACAACUUCUUUAGUUAGUGAUCGUUCCCGUAAUUCUUGUGUCCGUAAUGUGUGAUUUAGGGGUGAUUUUGUAAGGAGAAAGUAAAUGUUAAUCACUCGUAAGAAUCGAAGCCCCUCGAAACAAAUACUGACCAAACUGAUGUUUCAGUUUCCCACUAGGCGCCAUUUUAAAAAUUGUUACAUUAACUGGCUGCUCUCAAAUUUUCAAACAACAGCCCUUCGCAGCCAGUUGUCUCAAGGGGUUAGCACAAAUAAGGCUAACCCAUGGAAACGAUUGGAAGGAUCUUAACCGUUUUGGUCCAUUUUGAUCGUUUAGCGUGAUUUCUACAUCCUUAUUUGGCGCGAACGAGUAUGUGACACUCGACGAGGUGUGGUUUCCCGAGCUUUAAGUACUGAUUUAAGCUGCGGAGACUACAGCAGAUUAUAAAACGCUCCAUGGCUGAAGAUGUUUUUAACCACAAGCCUGCAACUUACUAAACUGCAAUAUCCAACAGGUGAAAUUAGCAAAAGGAGCUAUAAAUUCUGAAAAGCCUUUUUUAUCAUUUCGCCUAGGCUUAGUAACUCCAGGUUCGAAAGGACUUAGAGGAGAUCCUGGAGAUCCGGGAUUUCCUGGUGAUCCCGGUCUUAGUGGACGGGAUGGUGAACAAGGAUCGAAAGGUGUCCAAGGACAACCUGGAUUUCGUGGCAAUAAUGGUGUUGUCGGACCUGAUGGCCCACCUGGACCUCCAGGAGAAACAGGAGCUGUCGGUGAACAAGGUAAACAAAUGAAUGAAUUCCUGUGAAGCAGUUAUUUUUUUUGCUAAAGAUAGUAAUACUAAUGGUCUCCUUUAAGUUAUUUCAUAAGUUGGAUCUUGCUUAUCCUUUAUUCUGCGUCGAGAAGUAAUGCACAGUCAUUGAUAACUGCCGCCACACCUACCAUGGGUGCGUUCUUAUUGAACAUGUGGCCUUUUUCAGCAAAAAAAAAAAAACGAGAAUUGUUUGAAAUGAAAACACUGAACAGUUUUCACAAAAACGACUGUGCUUGACGUUUCCCAUAACGCCACCGACAGUUUCAGUUAUCGAAAUUCAAGGUCCAUUAUUAUAGGCAAACUGAGAAACAAACGUUCCGUAUAUGUGAACGUGAUCUAAAACCCUAAUAAGCAGGAGGUAGACAAAUUGGCAGUUGAUCGGGUCUUGUGACAACUAAAUGAUUGGCAUCACUGAGGUGGGAACAAUGGAUUUCAAGUCCAAUGCCCUAACUCCUCGUCAGCUCCAUCGAGUGUGCGAAAAUUAAAAAGAUAUAUUUCCGUAGCGUACUGAUUUAAAUUUUCCAUCUCUUAAUGUGUUAAAGGUACAAUUGGUGGUCCAGGGUUGACAGGAUUUAAUGGAAUGGACGGAGAUAUGGGUCCUCGUGGAGACUCUGGAGCAAGUGGCAGUCCUGGUCUCCCCGGACCUGAAGGCGAGCCAGGUAAAGGAGUACUUUUACUGGACCGUUUUUAAGUGUCUCUUGAUAUCAAUAUAUUUUUUUUAAGAAAUAAAUAGUUCUCUGUCUUCCUAUUUGUUCUGACUAAAAAGUGGGAAGAAGUUGUUAAAGAUUUGGUGUUUUUAGCCCGUGGAAUAUUUACAAGAAAAUAAACUUAAGAUUUCAAAAUUUUUAACGUGCAUAGUUUGUGUAGAUGGGAGUCACUCGAUAGAUGAUUUUACGAAGAAUGAAGAUCAAUACCUGACUUACAUGUAGACUUUUCCUCAUUCGACUUAGACUGGUACAUUUUACAGCGUUUUAUUUUGCCGGAUUUUUGUUUUCACUUUUAUGCAGAAGCCACUUUUGCAGGUCGAGGAUGAUCUGCAAAUCCGCAAAUAUUUAACCCUUUAACUCCCAUGAGUGACCAAGAGAGAAUUUCUCCUUACAAUAUCAAUACAAUAUCAACUAGUUAAGUGAUGAGAAUUAAGAAAAAUAUCAAUUUGGGGAUAAUUAGUUGAUUCAAUACUAAAUUCUCUGAACUAAUAUGAUAAGAAUUGUAUGGUCGACAGAAAGGAUAAUUACAAAUUUGAUCUGGGAGUUAAAGGGUUAAACAAAUUUUCUAGCCACACGACAAUAUGGAAUGUCACGUUUUACCGAUAGAAAGGGUGCAAUUCUACCUUAAGGUCCCCUCCCUGACCUCGCCCUGGACACUUGUAUGGUAAGGGUAGUGCUGUUUAAAGUGUUGCUGCGAACAGUUAAUUAUUAUUUACCGAAGUGGAGGUAAAUAUCAACCACUUUCAACGACACUGAGGUGAAUAAUUUUUUUUAGCAUAAACCAAAAAAUACCAAAAAAUUAUUUCUUUCAAUAUACCAAAAAUUGGUCGAAAAUUAAACUCUUAAAGCGCGGUUUUGUGUCAUUAUCUGCUCGGAGGUGAAUAUUACUUGCUAUUUACUUCCGAACUAGCCAAUUAGCGCGUGGGAAAAGCGGUAUUCACUUUUGUGGUACAUACUAGAAGAAAAGAUUUUGGCUAGUAAGAAAUUUUUUAUCUCAAAAAGAGUCAAUUAAGCCUGUAAUCUUAUCAAAGUUUUUUUUUUUAUGUCCUUUCCACAGGUUUGUUUGGUGAACCUGGGCUAAACCUACCAGGAGUAAAAGGCUUUCCUGGACCCAAAGGACAAGCUGGAUUGCCAGGUUUAAACGGAUUCCGUGGUAAAGGAGGUGAUGAUGGAUUGCCAGGCCCCCCAGGAAACUCCACACCUGGCGAACAAGGAGGAACCGGUAAGUUAAGACAGGGCAUAACUAUUACAAGUGACCUUUAACAAGAUCUGAUAGUAAUUCUCCCCUCGAGCUGCUACACACGUCCUCAGUCGUAAAUUAGAUGAGAUAAAAACUUCUACCUGAUAGGUUUGAGUAUUCUAAUUACCUGUAUGCUGAAUAAUUGAAAAUCAUUAUAGGGAGAAGUUACAUGUUAAACACUUCCGGGAGUUGAAGGGAAAUUGAAUAACAAAUAAAAUUGUACUUCACGUAGAGUUGUAGAGAGAGUUAGAUGUUACUUGAUGAUCCUUUUCAGAUCUAAGGGGACGGCUUCGUAAAAAUUACAAAUAGUCUGAAAUAAACAAACUGGCCAAGUAAAAGACGACGUUCACUUCAAAAUGACUUUAGUUUCUUCUUUUUCAUGAGAGGUGCAAUAUCAGGGGAAAGACGCCAAAAUCUUGCUAUUACUCACAAUUGGUUUUGGUUAUUUAUUAGGUCCUCCUGGAAUCAAAGGGGCGAAGGGUGACCCAGGUCCCCUGCCGGGAGACGGCGUGUCCCUUCCGUCUGGUGACCCAGGAGAUACUGGAGCGGAUGGAAAAAUGGGUAUGCCUGGUUUAAAUGGUGACCCAGGACAAGAGGGACGACAGGGAGAGAGUGGAGCCACUGGACCCCCUGGGCAGGGAGGUAGGAGCAAAAAGAAUGUAGGGUUUUUCACCAGGCCGCGGUUGUUAGAGGGUUGGAUAAUGCUACCACUGGAUAAAUCUCUAUCCGGUGGAUAACGCCAUGCGUUUUACCAUCACUUAUCAGCCGGAUAGCGAUUUAUUCGUUGGAUAGCGUCAUCCGCCCUUUAUACAAUUGGGCUCUGAAUUUAGAGUUUGAAGCUGCUAAGUUCCAAAGAGAAAAAUUACACUUUUCUUCAUUCAGCACAACAAUUUCGGAAUUUACGGAUACGUUAUUAGUGUAUUUUUUUUCUAAGUUUUAAUGGCUUUGUGAUUGGUGAUAGGUUGGCCUCUUGGCUGGGUUUGUUUCUAAAGAAAAGUAGGUUCAUUGCGUCCGACAAUUCGAUUCCUUACAUUGGAUGUGCGGUGAAACGUUCAGAAAGGUUUGGUCAUCGUGAUACUUAAUGCACAAAUCGUAGUCUGAUGGCGUAAUUAUUUAUAGAUAAUUCUUAAAAGAUUUGGGAAUGUGUAAAAGUAAGAAAGUUUACAGAAAAUAGCAAAAGGUAUGCGAAGACCUACAUAGGAAACCUUGCCUCUUCGUUUUGCGUUUUGAGUGUUUUUAACCUGUUGGAGUUAAGAAGGUGUCUCAAUUGUUUAGUGUUUGUAUCACAGGGGCUAUCGGUGAUCAGGGUGCCUCAGGCCCCCCAGGAGAAACUGGUGCACGGGGCAUGCCAGGGAUCUCUGGUGAACCGGGAGUAGAAGGAGAUCCUGGACCCAACGGUGCCAGAGGCGAUCAAGGAGACCAGGGAGAAGCUGGACCUGACGGUUUAAAUGGGUUAAAUGGUGUAGGAGGGCCGGAAGGUGAAGCAGGGCGAGAUGGCGUGAGUGGACAAACUGGAGACGUUGGACCCCCAGGUACGAAGUCAGUUGUGUGCAUCUUUUACUUCUGCAGGAAUUUUUUGUCCAGAACAAGAACUUUUUUUUCCUUGAUGAAAAGUAAAAAAGAGGGCCGCCAUCAAUUAGGGGGGUGGGAAGGGUUAAAUGACGCGAUUAUCGAUUUCAGAUUUUGUAGCCAGAUUGUUUCAUGGGAUGGGUCAACAUCAAAGACUGAGUAUAAACAAAUUAGGGAGUAAGGAAAUUGGAAACCGUUAUCCAGAGGAAGCAUCCAUUUAUGGGACAGCAACUCUGCUACAGGUUGUAGCAAGUACUACUAUAACCCUUGACGAUAUGAAGUGAACCUUGUAUUCUGAUCGGCUACCUUGCUCGCUCAGGAUGGCCUGCAUUAGAGCCCGCAUUCGUCGAGCGAAUUCACAAAGUUCGUAAGUUUUGGACCAUAGCGGCGAUGGAGUCUGAUAGACAGUUUGAUGUACAGUCGAAAGAAAACGUGUACGACUCUCGUGGGUUUAUUUUGCUACAAAUAAAGUUGGCUUUCUUUCCCGACUCUCGAAAUAAAUAAUUCGCUCUUGAUUCAUAGUAAAGCGAAGUCUUUUGGCUAUACGGUAUUAUGAAUCUUUUGUUAACCAAGUCUGACUUCGUCUCGGUCCACAAAGACGCAAAAAAAGAUCUCGGCCAAUAUCCAGCCAUCCUUAUCUCGCACAUGUUCAAUAACGUAUAUUUAGUGGAACCUGCGUUGGAAUGGCCUCUCCAUUCGGAAACCGCGAACACGGACUGGGUUUCCUAAGUUUAACUUCCACGGUAAUAAUUGUUGAUAUUGUAUCUUGCAUCUGAUAGGUGGGACUGGUUUAAUUGGCCUUAGAGGACAAAAAGGCCUUCCUGGCAUUACUGGUGUCAAUGGAUCUCCAGGCUCUUCAGGAACACCUGGUGAUCAGGGCCCAACUGGGGAAGCAGGUGCUCGCGGAGAGAGGGGAGAUAUGGGACCACUAGGACCUAGAGGACCCAAAGGUUUAGUGGGACCUCCUGGUUUUAACGGAAUUAUUGGAGUAAAAGGCGAACAGGGUGAGUCGCAGACUUAAAAGAUAUGUGCAAAGCCAUUGCUCUCCUCGUUACAUUUUUUGUAUUGUACAACAUCGCUAUGUGGCCGUCGCCGCCACAGAUUUCAAAAUUUUCCCAACAACGUGCGAAUGAUUCAUCACAACAUUCCAUUGGACUGCGUUUUGGUGUCCCUUUUCCCGAUGUUCCAAAUGUGUAAGAUCGAAGCACGUGUUUAGACCCUUUAACCCCUAAAAGCGAUCGGCAUCCAAUUUCUCCUUUCGAUAUCAACUUUGAAUCAAACAUCGAGGUCAAGAGAACAGAUGAAAUGAUCACUAACUAAAACAGCUCGUUAUUGUUAAACAAAUUCUCCUUUUCAGCUUCUGAGAAAAUGUAUAAAGGACAGUAUGGAGAAUGUGCAUACUGAUGUAAAGGGUUAACUUCCUUCUUUUUUCCUUAAGGGAGCAAUGGCACCAUUGGUAGCCAGGGCACAACAGGCGAGCCAGGCAACCCUGGGCCGAAAGGUGAACAAGGACCAACCACCAUUACUCCAGGACCAAGGGGUGAGAAGGGACGCCCUGGACUGCCAGGAAUCCCUGGCCUGGAAGGAGACCCGGGCGAGACAGGACCCCAAGGUAAUUGGAAAGUAAUUUUUUCCACGAGGCAGACAGAUAUGGCUGAGAGCCUGGACAGAAACGUUUUUGAGUCACGAAACGACGUGUAAAUACAAAUACAAGAUAUUUUUGUACUCCCCAGCCCUAACGAGCUGUCGAAGCAGUCUUGUUUUAGGGUUUAGGAAUGUACGUUAGCUACCUCGUCCGGAAAGGGGAUGCUACAUUCAUUUCCUUUUUAACUCAAAGCGAUUUACUGUUUAUUUUGCACAUUUCCAAGCCAUCACUUAUCACCAUAGUAUUCAUCAGUAUCAAGCUCGUGAACUACGUAGGCACUUGUGACGUCUUUUGUUCCUUUGUCUUUUCAAGGCCCUCCUGGCAACCUUCAAGGCCCGAAGGGUAACAAUGGUCUGCCCGGUCUACCAUCAGAGAAAAAAGGACCAAGGGGCGAAACAGGACUUCCAGGAGAAGAGGGAAUUCCAGGCUUCCCCGGAGACCAGGGGUUACCUGGUCAACCAGGCCCCACGGGUAUCAUAGGUAAGGCAGCAACAGGUGAAGGUUACCACUUGGUGGUCCACAGCCAAUCUACUCAAAUACCUGCCUGUCCGCUGAAUCUGACUAGACUGUGGACUGGCUACAGUUUGCUGUACGUUCAAGGUCACGAUACUUCUCAUGGACAAGAUCUCGGUGCGUCUGGAUCGUGUAUGAGACGUUUCACCACCAUGCCAUACCUUUUUUGUAACAUAAACCAACAGUGCUACUACGCUUCGAGAAACGAUUACAGUUAUUGGCUGACCACAGAUAUACAGAUUCCCAUGAUGCCAAUCAGUGCUCCCGCUGUUGAGCCGUUUGUCAGUAGGUGUGCUGUGUGUGAGGCACCUGGGCCUGUUGUUGCCACUCAUAGUCAAUCCACACAAAACCCAGACUGUCCUGCCGGCUGGCAAGCCAUUUGGAAUGGAUUCAGCUUCUUGAUGGUAAGCCACUUUAAAUACGUUAGUUAAAGCAUCCUUUCAAGCACUUUACUUCUACAAGCGGCUGAAGUGGCUCAUAGGACCAGACUAGUGUAUUUUUUGGUGGAGGCCAAUUUAUACACCUCAAGGACUUUAAUUUGUUCAACAACUGGUUGUUUCACGUAUCUGUCGAUAGAACCUCUUAGGGCCGGUUAUUUACUCGAAAUAUAAGCCUAACCACGGUUUUACACAAUUAGUGGGCCUUAGUCUUUCUCCACAAGAGGGUUGAACUAAUGAAAUAAAUGUCCUUUCCACUGCUAGCCUUUGGUCCUCUUGACACUGUUCAUAAAAAAAAAAAAAUUCAGAUAAAUUGUUCAUCUGAUAUGAAGAUCGUUUGGGACGCAGUCUCGUUGAACAUUGGCUGAACUUUGUUUAAAUGUUCGGUCUUUUUAAGGAACUUUUAAAAGUUCCGAUGUUUUUAGUGUAUUGAACAUGCCAGUACUGACCUUUGUUUCUUCAAGGAGCUUAAGCUCUUAGUAUCUCCUAAAUUUGAUUUGGAGGUCUAUCUCUCGCCGCACAUGCAAAAUCACAACGCGUGGUUCACCAACAGCUGCAGCUAAGAUUGUCGUCUAAAUUAUUUAUCUGAGUUUAGAAUGCCUUUAAGCUUAACUCUUAAUUGUUCAAUAUCGUUUGGAGAUAGACGAAAGAGGAGUUCGACUUCGCCACGUCACAGAUUGAGGCCAGGUUGCUAAACAACAUUCAAAAUGGCGGCGUCCUAACUUGACUCUUUUUUGUCACAUUCGAAGACAAAUUUCCAAAGAGGUGGUUUCUCUUUGGUCACAUGCGUAUAUGUCCUUUUCGGUGGUGGAGAUGAUAAAGGACAUGAUUUCUGGGGCAUAUAUCAUCAUUUAUGCUUGUUUUUUUCCUGCUCCUUUUUUCAGCACACUGGUGCUGGUGGAAGUGGUAGUGGUCAAUCGCUUUCCUCUCCGGGAUCUUGUCUCAGAACUUUCCGCCACAAUCCUUUCUUUGAAUGCCAUGGUCGUGGUACCUGUCACUAUUUCGCUAACAAAUACAGCUUCUGGCUCUCCACCGUUGGACAGAUGUUCGUUGCACAGACGCCAGAGACCCUAAAACCUGGAAAUCUCCUGAGUCGUGUCAGCCGUUGUACUGUUUGUUACCGGGUUGCCAGCAAAAAGAAGAAGCGUCGUCAUGCCUUGUACCCCAGAGUGUUACCAGUACAGAAGAAACUUUCUUCAGCGUCACUGAAGCUUCAAUCAGCGGCGCAGCGGCUGUCACGUCAGUCGUAGGUAAUUAUGACAACUUGGAUUCGGACCUGACUAUGACCAAUAUAAAACAAAUUGAAUUUUUAAUAAUCUUUUUCUUGCCUCGAAACAAAUGCUCCUAGUCAAAAUAAGCUGUUUGUGACAGUUUUGUACUUGUUAGAAGCCGUUUCAUCAAAUCUUAAACCCUUUCAGUUGAGUACUGCUGCUUCAAUGCCAAGAAUGUCCAGAUUGGAAUAUAAAAAAGCUCACUAAAUGCGAGCAAAAAUAGUUAUAGCCUAUUUACUUUUUAACCACCUCGUAGUAUAAUGAUUAGUUCUUGUGAAAGCACGUUUCAUAGUCAUUACAAAAAUACUGCGUCACUAGGACAUGGAACAAUUGCCAUGGUACGUAUUUGCUGGGAAAAGUACCGUUGUUUGCUACCAAUUUGCAUUGCAGUUGUGUUUGAGGUUGUUAGUUUGUGAUACGUGAAAGUUUGGAGUACUUUUCUCUCAGGAAUUUAAGUUGAAAAUGAUAAUAUUUGCCUUUAUCGUUAGUUUAGUCAAAACAAUUUUUUGUUUUGUUUUGUCUGUUUGACCGUUUGUGAGGCUAAUUUAAAAAAAAAAAAAGUGGUUCAAAACUUCGAAUGGUUUAGUGUCCUUUUAGUAGCACCCGUUUCCACAAUCUCUGUAUUUUAAUGAGAUUAUAAGCCUAACCGCUUGACUUCUCUAAUUUUUUUCCUCUUAUUUAUGUUUAAUUUUGAUGCCAUAGCUCAAGUUUCGUUUGUAAUCUCAAAUCAACGUUUGUUGUGUGGACAAAGCGUUACAAACUUGCGGUACGGAUUACCUGUCCGGCGUUUAUUAAUACCUCUUUAUCACAAUUAUAACUUUAUUGAAAGACGUUUUUCGUUUUCUCCUAGUACUUUUGUACUAUAAAUAGCCCCGAUAUUCGGUCAAACUUAAGUUGGUCGGGCGAUGGUUUACCGACUCUCCACCUAUUGUCCGCCAAUUCCGCGUUAGUCUAAUGUCGGUCUAAUGUACACCGAGCUGCCGAUCGAUUAUCGAUUACGUAUCGAAUGAGGCUACCUCAAGUAUAUUUCUUAGAACCGGACAGGUCAUCUCAAAAUCCGUAGUUUCUAUACUUUUGAGCACAAUGUCGUCUUCCUUUGACAUUUUUUCGCAUCACAGAAACAUUUGAAACUGCAAAUGCUCUGGUUAAAAAAUUCAUAGGAGACAAAAAAUGACUGGCGGCAGUGAGGAUCAGGGAGUUAUUUACCCUGACUUUUUAAAAACUGGAAAAUCUAAUGGUAUCAAUGAUUUUCUUCAAACGAAAGUAUUUAGUUUCCACAAAUAUUUUUAUAGUUUCCAACCCAAGCAUUCGAGCACAAAAGUCGAAAGACUGUUUCAAAUUUUGCUAACAGAACGAUAACAAAAACAUAAAAGACAACAGUUCGGAACGACUUCUCGUUUUCCCCAAUUUUCAUGUCGUAUAGGUUCAGUUAAAAUCUUAACAUGUUCAGUUUGGGGAAGUAAAAGGGGAAAGUCGUUUGACAAGCACAGUUGUUUUUCAGUGUUAGAAAUAUAUUUUAAAAUUUUAAUUUCCCUCUCGAGUAAUAGUCUUUCAUUGGAAUGUCACGCAACAGAGUGUUGCGUGACAUCCAAACAUCGCCACACGAUUAGGUUGUAAUUCAGGGUCUUAAAACGCUAGUUUUGUCAUAUUUGUUAGAUAAAAUGAAUCGGAUCGAAAUUCCUAAUUAGACUAGUAGAUCCUAUAAGACAUACUAAUAGUAGAUUUUUUUCUAUAAUAAGCUUAAUAAUCUUUUGAAUGCAUUUACGAACUGUAUAUUUUAAACUUGUGUUAG